GAGGAGAGAAGGAGACUCCUUAAAAAGACCGUUUCGCUAACGCGUUACGAUAGAGGCACGCGUUUCUUUGCGCUCUGUUUGGUACAAACGGAAACUAGUUUUAAGGAAUUCAAUACAAGGGCCAAACCGAGAAAAAGCAGACAGAUAAAAAAAAUAAAAAAUAGAGAGAAGAAGAAGAAGAAGGAGGAGAGAAGCGUAUCUGGAAUUUUCUUCAGAUCGUUGGUGUGUCGUGUGCGCGUGGAGGUUCUUUUCUUUGGGACUUUCCUUCAAAUUCUAGAUUCCUUCCUUUCUUUCUCUUAUAACCACCAACCUCUCCUUUUCCUCCUUUUAUUUCUCCCUCCAUUUUCCUGUUUUCCGCAGAUUCGUUAACCUAAUAAUCUUUCUCCUUAACGGUUGCUAGAAAAAUGGCGGAAGAACACCGAUGCCAGGCACCACGCUUGUGCGUCAACAAUUGCGGUUUCUUUGGCAGCCCUGCCACGCAGAAUCUGUGCUCCAAGUGUUACCGCGAUUUGCAACUCAAUGAGCAGCAAUCUUCCAACGCGAAGAUGGUUCUGAAUCAGUCUCUCGUUCUUCCGGCGCCUCCGGCGCCGGUUUCUGAACCGUCUUCUUCGAAGACGGCGGAUCCGGCUUCUGCUGUGGUUGAGGAAGUGCCACGCGCGACGGAAGAGGCUAAGGCGCCGCAGCAGAACCGCUGUAUGACGUGCAGGCGGCGCGUGGGGUUGACGGGGUUCAAGUGCCGGUGCGGGAUGAUGCUUUGCGGGACGCACCGUUACCCGGAGCAGCACGCGUGCGAGUUCGAUUUCAAGGGGAUGGGGAGGGACCAGAUCGCGAAGGCGAAUCCGGUGGUGAAGGGCGAGAAGCUCGAGAAGAUCUGAAAUGGAAACGAACGACGAAGGGUGUUACGGUAAUUUCGUGUUUAUCAAGUUGGUGGUUGCCGAUGUGGAAUUCGGGUCGGAUGAUUGACCCGUGACAUGGGUGUCACGAACGGGCGCC